GCUAAUGGUUAACUGGGAAUGUCCCUGCAGCUAGGGGCACCCACACCGUUCUGCACCUCCAUGUUUAUAGUCUAGGUCACAGACGGGAUAGGGCCACCUUACGAGAAACUUCCUGUUACCGGGUAAAGAGUGUCCAGUCAGAAGUGUUCCUGUGUUUGUGUGGAGUGCGGACAACAACCAGGAAGCCCUGCGUGAACGGAAUACAAGAGAUUUACCUGUCUGAGGGAAGAAGGAUCAUGCUGAGAUGGAGGGCAGGUGGAGAGGAGUCCUGGCUGUGCUGGUCAUCUUGGCUGGGCUGACAGCUUCUGGAUCCAGUUAUCAGAUCAUCGAAGGUCCUCAGAACGUAACAGCCCUAAAGGGAUCAGAGGCGCGCUUCAACUGCACUGUGACCCACGGCUGGAAGCUCAUCAUGUGGACUCUCAAAAACGUUGUGAUGCUGAGUAUCACUUCCCAGGAAACCAUCAUCACCAACGACCGCUUCACCUCCGCCAGUUACAACGGGAGCGACAGCUUCAUUUCGGAGAUGAUCAUCCACGAUGUGCAGCCCAGCGACUCGGGGCGUGUGCAGUGCAGCCUGCAGAACAGUGACGUGGUUGGAACGGCCUUCCUCUCCGUGGAAGUUAUGGGGACCCUGAACAUUCCCAACAGCAGCCUUGUAGUCACGGAGGGUGAACCCUGUAACGUGACUUGCUCUGCCCUGGGAUGGACCCCACUCCCAGACAUUUCCUGGGAGCUUGAGGUCCCAGUAAGCCAGUCCAGCUACUAUUCCGUUCUGGAACCGGGUGACUUUACAAGGACCUUGAGUGUCCUGGCUCUCACACCACUGGGCAAUGGGACCUUGACAUGUGUGGCAGAGCUGAAGAAUCUGCAGGCCAGCAAAUCUUUAACUGUCAACCUAACUGUGGUUCAGCCCCCGCCUGAUAGUAUUGGUGAGGAAGGCUCAUCACUGCCGACCUGGGCGAUUGUACUGCUGGCAGUGGGCUUUUCCUUGCUCCUGAUCCUGAUCAUCGUUCUGAUUGUAGUAUUCUGCUGCUGUGGUAUCUCCAGGAGAGAAAAAGAAGAAUCUAGCUAUCAAAUGAAAGAAUACAUGGUAGCUGGUAUGUUAACAGGAAUACAUGGUAGCUGGUAUGUUAACAGGAAUACAUGGUAUCUUGUAUGUUCACAAGAAUACAUGGUAGCUGGUAUGUUCACAAGAAUACAUGGUAGCUGGUAUGUUCACAGGAAUACACAGUAUCUUGUAUGUUCACAGGAAUACACAGUAGCUGGGCUUCCUACAGUGAGGCCCAUGCACACUGUGCCAUGUCUGCUCUCCAGGGCUUCCUACAGUGAGGCCCAUGCACACUGUGCCAUGUCUGCUCUCCAGGGCUUCCUACAAAAAACGGCAAGCGUGAAGACAAUCAAAGCAGAGCCUGAGACAAGGUUAAAAAGUGGAAAGGAAAACUAUGGGUACAGUUCGGAAGAAGCAAGGAGAGCACAGAUUGCUUCUCUUCCUCCGAAACCUGGUGAAGUCAGCCUUCCAAAACAAAACAUUUACAGCUCUACUUAUCAGGUCUCUAGCACCUUUGCUGUUCUGGCUUCCUGGAUCUGUAGAAUUCACAUCUAUACUAGUACUUUUUGGGCUGUUUGUCUCAUGGAAGGAUUGCUGGGUGCUGGGUUUGAAAAGCAGGAGAAUAAUGUGGUUUGCCCUGCAUGUGAGUUCUAUGGCCAUGAGGUUGACAUUGAGGAAGAUCCUGUUGGGACUGGAGUUUGGGUGGAGGUGGGAAGAGUCCUUGGUCAGAAUAUGGCCAGAACUGUUUGGAGUGACAAGAUACCUGGCAAAGGCAACAUAAAGAAGGAAUGGUUUCUUUUGGCUCACAGUUUGGAGACACAGUCCCAUUAUGGGUCCCACAAAAUAGAGAAAGAUGGGCACUUCUGGUUCAGGUCAGUGCUGGCUCCCAGCUCUUCCCCAGCUCCAGCUGGCCAGUUAGAGUUCAGGGCUGUUGACUACAUCUGUGCUGCUCUGCAGACACCCCCCACUCCCACCCUGCAGUCUAAACCUAGAUCUCUAGCUGUGACCCAGCCUGCCGCCAGUACCGUUCCUAGUCUGGACUUCUGGGGUGCUCAAUGGGGUGCUGGUGUCCAUGCUGCCAUAGUGAUGUCUUGUGAGGGCAGGGGUGAUGCUCUUGGGUCAGACCCUUCUUCAUCUUCUGAUAGUUUCAGACCAGCCAGCGAGCACACUCACCUUUCUGUCUUUGUUACCCAGGAACCAAAAACAUGCCAGCCCAGCCCAGCGAAUCAUCCACGGGUUGCUUUGACGUCGCCCAGUCCUCGGAAGGUCAGAAAUGCGACGCUGGUGUAGUAAAGACUCCCCAUGGCUGUGGCUCUGUGUACACCCACCAAGAUUGAUACCAUCUUCCUCUCAUCCUGAGACUGGCCUGCAGCUUGGCCAAAGAGGCCCACCUUGGAGUCACGGAAGCUGAUGCUUUAUGGUGACGGGGGAGUCCGUUUUCCUCAUACCAAGAAGAAUUUGAUUUUGAAAUGUUCAUGGUUUUGGAUGAAUUCCUUAAAGUGGGACUGAGCAAAACCUGACGGUCUGCCAUGGAGAUUGUUCCUCGUGGAUUGACGCUCCUGCUUGGUAACCCAACAAAAGGCAGACAGGACUGGAUUCUGCCUUUCGAAAUGUUUUUGUUUGUCCUAUAUCAUGGUAAUAUGCUAUUUUAUGUGUUUUUAUAGCUCGGGGCAAUUGCUGUAUAUUGUCACUGAACGAGAGCAUAACAAUUAGAAUCAACUGGAUCUUUCUAGGUGGACUGGCCUUCAGAGCUCAGCGGGUUAAAUUAAAGGAGGAGCAAUGCCAGGUGCAAUGUGCAGACGACAGUCAGUCCCGGCUGCUCUCUUAUCCUUGCCCCAUGUCUGUGGGUGAGUUAGGGGUGGACUCUGCCUGACAGGGCACAACGCUUGCAUUAUUCAAGCAUCAUGGAAGAACUGGAAAGAGAUAUCUAUUUAAUAAACAAAGAGAAAACAAAACACCUUA